GAAGAGGUUAGAAAGUCAAAACGUUAGAUACGCCGUUCGGCCGUUUGCGCGAGCAUGAUGCGUACAAUCGCAUCGUCGUCACUCGUCGCGCCAACCUGUUAUUUGCUUUAUCGACCGAAGAUACGUGCACACAACAUUUAUUUCCAAAAGUCGUUGAGGUUUUUUUCGUAAUAAGUACGAACGAACUUGAUCGAACCGCAAAGGUUUGCCUUUCAGACGAAGACGUUAGUGUGAGCAAUAAUGAGUAAAUCUUUGAAGAGGAAAAAUGAAGUCGCAGAUGAAUUCGUUGAAGACAUAAUUCAUUUACGUAAACGCGCAAAAUUGGAAGAUAUAAUAUUCAGAGCCGUUUCGGAGCGAGAAAAGAGUCAAGAUCACUUUUCUGAAAGCAAAAUCGCUGAGAAAUGCGACAAAGUUGUGAGGUCGAUACGUUUGAAGAAAAAGUACAAGUAUCACUGCAAAAAGCACAACAUGAGUUAUUUGGUGGAUAGCGUACGCAAAGAAAAGAAGCAAAUUUCCAAGCAAAAUCGUAAUAAUCUCGUCCAGAGUUUUCGGUCACUGGCCGUCUCCGCAGCCGAUUCCUUCGAUGCACCUGUCGAGGAAGAUGGCUUAGACAAAAACGGAAAUCACUUGAUGCUGAAUCAGAUUAAUGACGUCAAAAGCGACGAUGUAAAAGACGUAUUCAAGAAGCCUGAAAUGCCAAUUUCCAAAGCUCAGAAAAGAAAAGCAAGUGACAGUCCGUUGGAAGUUAAUAAAAACCGAAGUAAAGCAAUCAAUCCAUUGAAACGCCUCGCUGUGAAAAGCGUAACGGAAGAAGCUGCCUCGAACGAGUAUCAGAUUAGUAGUAUUGGUCAGGUAGGUGCAUCUACACCUAAAAUUUUGAGCCCGAACAAACAUAAGAAUAGCGGCGGCAUCAACGAUUUACUGACACCCAAACUGAGCCUUUCAAGUUUGCCAAAAUUGUUAGACGGCACUUUUACGUUGAGCGAUGCCGAAAGCGAGGUUUUCGAUUAUUUUCCGGGAGAUUAUUCUUCAGAGCGUAAGUCGUCGGAGCGGUCGCAUCCGAGAAAGAAAAUCUUAUUGCCCUGUAAAAUCAACUUUGACGAGGAUGAAGACAGCGAUUACGAGAGAAAUCAACAGGACGAUUAUAAAAAUUACAAAGUUAUAAAAAGUUUCGUCGUGACUAAAAAUCCGGAGAAAGGAGGUAUUGUUUUUAAAAAAGGUUCAGAUUACUAUGAGACCGACACCGAUUGCGACUGCAGUGUUUAUGAUAGUCUUUUAGACGAGUCUUCCAACUGCGAGUAUUGGAGUUCGUCGUCGGGAGAUGAGACGGAUAUUGGAAUUUUAACGGGUUAGUAAUUCAUUUAUACAAACAAUAAUAGUAAAAUCGAUUAUAAUUUUAUUGAAGGACCUAAUGAUAAGGGGAAUAUUCAUAAGGUAGUGUAAAAGUAAAAAAAUCAAAUGAAAAUGCAGAACGUAAUUUAUUUAUUUAUUUUUUUUUUUUUCAAAUAAAAAACUUAAGUCUAUAUAAUUAUAACGUCGGACUUAAUGGUGAGAAAAAGAUUAUGGUAUACUGUUACAGUAGAGUAAUCACAGAUGUCAAAACUCAAAAUCGAAAAAUGCCUUUGUAAACAAUCAUAUCAGAGAUUUCCAGUAAACUACAAAUAACAUCAAA